CUGAUCAAAUUUUUGGAAACAAAUGAAACAUAGUGUCUGCAUCAAAUUAGGGUUCGCCUCGGACAAUUGAGUUGGGUUUUAAGCCCAUUCGAUCCAGUCUUCUCCACCCAGUUCCAGCUUCCACAUUCCAAACCAUCUAAAGCUGAAACUCAGGUUUAUACUUCGUACUCGUUUAGACUUUAGAGAGUUUCAUCAAAUUUUCAGUGUUCCAUUUCUCUAUCUUUGCAAAUCCACUCGUUUCAUUCAAAGCAAAAAUAUUAGACAUAGAAAAUGGCUUUCUUCAGAAAUGCAAAGCAACCGCUUGGGAUCUUAUUGUACAACACCAGGCUGAGUACUUGUAGCAGACAUGGGUACUCUACUUGGGCAACCAAAGGAACCUCCUUUGCUCAAUCUACAGAUACCAAAGCCUCAAAAACUGCUUAUUUGUAUUGGGUUUCGAGAAGAUUCAAUUCUCAGGCAGCUUCUUCUGCUGAGCAAAUGAGCCUUAUCAAGCAACUCAGGGAAAGAACGAGUGCUCCCAUAAAGGAUGUCAAGGCUUCUCUUGUUGAUUGCAAUUGGGAUAUUGAGGCUGCACAGAAAGAAUUGAGGAAAAGAGGAAACGUUUUGGCCAUGAAAAAGUCGUCAAGGACUGCUACUGAGGGUCUGCUUGCUCUGGCUCAACUUGAGGGCAAGGCUGCUGUAAUUGAACUUAAUUGCGAGACGGAUUUCGUUGCAAGGAAUGAAAUUUUUGAGUACUUGGCUUUGGCAUUGGCAAAGAAAGCUUUGUUUGUCCAAAACUCUUCCCAACAGAUUCCUGGGGUUUUCUCAUUUGGGCCUGAGUGUUUAGAGGACUUAAAAUUAAAUCUUGACCAUCCAAAAAUUAGUGGGGAGACAACCAUUCAAAAUGCAGUUACAGAAGUGGCUGCAAUGAUGGGAGAGAAUAUAAAACUCAGGAGGGGUGUUGUGAUGUCAACAUCUUCGCAUGGAGUUGUUUCUGCUUACCUCCAUAGAUGUCCUCAACCAGGUUUGGGUCGAAUUGCUGGAAUUUUAUCUCUUGAAGUUGAGAAUGAGAUUUCUCAAUUGGAUGCCCUCCAAAAGGUUGGCUCAGAGCUAGCAAUGCAUAUUGUGGCAGCGAAGCCAUUGUUCUUGACCAAGGAACUUGUGACCUCUGAUGUGCUUAACAAUGAACGCGAGAUUCUGAAGUCUCAGGCCAUAAGUACUGGAAAGUCUCCGAUGGCCAUAGAGAAAAUGGUUGAUGGUCGUCUGCGUAAAUACUUUGAGGAGGUUGUUUUUAUGGAGCAAAAGUAUUUCUUAAAUGAUUCUUUAAGUAUCAAGACAAUUUUGGAUAAUGUAUCAAAGGAAGUUGGCUCACCAGUGAAGAUUGGCAACUUUUUCAGAAUGGAAGUUGGAGAAGGAAUUCAAAGCCAAGAAGCGUCAAGUUCAGCUGAACCUGUUGCGCAGGCUGUUUAAGCUUAAAGACAUAGUUCCAUGAGGGCAAAGGGUUAAACCUUGAAAGCAGUCGACAUAGGGUUAAGAUUCUUGUUUAUACUGAAAUGAUUGUGGAGGAGGCCUUUUCAUUUCUUACUGGGACUGUUUUGUUCUAUAUUUUGCCUCUUCCAAGUUUUCUCUGGAUUUGACUGUAUAAUUACCUUUUCUGGUCUGAAACAGUGUUGGAAUAAUCAGGAAACCAUCCUAGUUUGAGUAGGCAAAUGGGAAAUGUUAAUGCUGUCUUCUACAA